AUGGUGAAUAAAAAUUUGGUCCGCCAAGUGAUCACAGAGAGAAAUGCAUUAGCUGUAUCAAGGAGUCCAUUCAUUGUUCAACUUUAUUAUUCAUUGCAGACACAAAAGAACAUAUAUCUUGUAAUGGAAUACAUGAUAGGAGGUGACAUGAAGAAUUUGCUGGCAGUGUGUGGUUAUUUUGAUGAAUCAAUGGCACUUACUUAUAUUGCAGAAGUGAUAUUAGCCCUGAAAUUCCUUCAUGGUUUAGGAAUUAUUCACAGGGAUUUGAAACCUGACAAUAUGCUGAUAUCGGAUCAAAUAUACAAAGAAAUGUUUGAUGGUUCCAGUAGUCAAGAAUGGUUGACAAAAUGUCAUUUAACACCAGGCCAGAUUCUAUCCCUCACCAGUUCCCUUGGUUUUUCUGCCCAGAAAUCAAAAACGAAACACACCAACCUUAAGCAAAAUGAAAACUGCAGUUCUUCUUCCAAAAUUACAAGUGGCAGCAGUAAUCGUCGUCGUUACAGCUCUGCUACUCAACAGUUUCAUGAAGUCCCUCCUGUUCGCAGGCUCAGAGAUAUUUUAAAUCCUCAUGAAACAUCAGAAAAAUCCUUUUGCUCAGCCUUGGAUCAUACGAUUGAGAAAUCUCUUUCUGAUAGCGGACAGGACUUAAGCAAUGAUGUGUUUAGCAGUCCUAAAUUUUCUUUUAAUCAGUCUCUUCCCUCUGAAAUUGAAACCACCAACCACAGUUUACAAUCUAAAAGCAUCAAUAAAGGUGAAAUGGAUAAUCAAGAAGCAGCAAACUGUGAACACGUUACAAUUCCUCAAAGAACACAUCUUGAGUCAAUAACAGAAGAUUCAUUUUUUGCAAGUCCCAAAAGCCAUAUUGAUUUGCAAAAUUCUCAUCAGAAAAUUCAAUCUAUUUCACUGACUCACUCUGAUUUUAGUCCGAAUUUUGGCUUUCUCCAUCAACUCAGUCAGUCGAGGAAAAGAAAAAUGAGCUGCAGUGAACUGGCAUUUGAUAACAUAGACAAUAAUAAAAUUAUUAAUAGUGCACCUCUGAAGCCUUUGAAAAAUAAAGUCCAUUUCAACAACAUCAGCAGUACUCCACUCAGUGCCAAAUCCACAGACCAACAGAAUUCUUCAGUUGGAAUUCAAAAAAAGAUCAGACAUAAGAAACGAAAAAUGAAGAGACAGAAAUUUCGCAGCAGCUUAAAGUGUGCAUUUGAAAAUGUCAAGAAGUCUCCCCAUUUGCAAGGGAAAACAAAUUUAACCCAAGAACUGAACUGCUUAGAUCUUGGAGAUGGUUUAAGUGCCAAGAAAGCAAGACUUUCAAAAUCUCCCAAUCUCCAAAGAAACUCCAAGGCUGACAUUUCCCAGGCCAGCAGCUAUUUUUCAGCAGAUGAAAAUCUGAAUAGUUCCCAUCUGGACUUGGAGUCUUCCUCGAGUAAAUAUCCUGCUAAAAGCAUCCAGUUUUCAGAGACUCUUCUGCGACAUGAGUAUAAGAGCUUAGCCUCUUUGGAAAGUGACAGCAAAAAUAUUUUCUCACCUUCUACACGCUCCACUCAAUCACUCCAGCUGACCAUUCCUCAUUCGAUUAUGUCAUGUCAUCAUUUCAAUUCUUACCCAGACUCGUACAUAACUCAUCACCCAAAGCACCAGAGGAAUGAAUUAAUGACUCCAGAUACCACAAAAGACCAAUUUACAAAAUCCCCAUUUCACACACCUGGUCUUAAUGGCUGGUGUCAACAAACACCUUUAAGAACUCCUAAAAGUGUCCGGCGCUGUCAGACUCAUGGCCCUGGAGAACGAGUGCUUGGGACUCCUGAUUAUUUGGCUCCAGAAAUUUUGUUACAGCAACAACAUGAUGAAGCAGUUGAUUGGUGGGCAUUAGGUGUGUGUAUGUUUGAAUUCCUUACAGGUGUUCCUCCAUUUAAUGAUUCAACUCCAGAAAGAGUUUUUCAAAAUAUUCUAAAUCAAGACAUUCCUUGGCCAGAAGGAAAUGAAGUGUUGUCUGAGAAUUCCUGUUCUGCUAUUGAAGCCCUCUUAACCAUGGACCCACUCAAAAGACCCAGAGCAAAAGAUGUGAUGAAAAUGAAGGUAUUUGCAAAUAUUCACUGGGAUCAACUUUUGGAUGAACCUGCUCCCUUCCAACCUCAGCCAAGCAAUGACACAGAUACAAGUUAUUUUGAAGUGAGAAACAACUUGCAGCAUUUGGUUGUCUCUUCUGUCGAUCUGUGA